CCCACCUGUCAGCUACUUAAAACAUGCUGAGAUGCGACACUGACCACUGAGGAUUUUACCGGUCCAGAACCCCAGCUGUCUACUCUUUGACCCAGACUCUUGAACCGGCAGAACCCACCUCGGAUCUCGUCUCCAUCUCCAACCUGCGCAGUCUAAGCUGACUUUUCAUUCUGUUGAGGGACAAAUAAGGACAGGACAUGACCGGGGCGUGGAAGGGACUGUCUACAUGUUGGUGUGUGUUGAUGCUGAUUCACUGUCUGGCUCAAACAGAUGCAGCCUUCAUGUGCAGCUCCACUCAGUUUAAGUGCGGAAACGGGAGAUGCGUCACCCGCAGGUGGAUCUGUGACGGAAACAACGAUUGUGGCGAUGGGAGUGAUGAACUAGAAGCUGUCUGCUCGGCAAAAACGUGCAUGGAGUCCCAGUUCAACUGCGGGGCACCUUUGAACCAGUGUAUACCAAAGAGCUGGCAUUGUGACGGCAAAGCUGAUUGUGACAACGCCGCUGAUGAGAGAAACUGCACUAUAAAAGAAUGCAAGUCCGGUGAGUUUAGAUGCACCAAUGGUCAGUGCAUAUCCAAGGCUUACGUUUGUGACAAAGACAAGGACUGCUCUGAUGGCUCAGACGAGGAGGAUUGUCCCAAGCCCACCUGCCACCCUCGGUCCUUCCAGUGCAACAAUUCAAUUUGCGUGCCAAUGCUGUGGAAAUGUGACGGAGACAGGGACUGUCUGGACGGGUCUGACGAGUGGCCGGAGAACUGCGAGGGGAGGCAGCCGUUGAAGAAGCCGUCGCGAUGUGGCGCCCAUGAUUUUGAGUGCACAAACGGUGAAUGUAUUCAUAGGACUUGGAGGUGUGAUGGAACUCCUGACUGCUCAGACCAGUCGGAUGAAUUCAACUGCAGUCAGCCCAGCUGUCAUGACGGUCAAUUCCAGUGUGGGAACGGUGUCUGUAUCAGUGAAGCCCUGAAGUGUAACUCUGCGAACGACUGUGGGGACAACAGUGAUGAAGCUGGCUGUCAAACAGAUAAUGUGUGUGAAGGUCCAACCAACUUCAAGUGUGGCAGCGGGGAGUGCAUCAGCAUGGACAAAGUAUGUGACUCAAACGGAGACUGCAACGACCGGUCUGACGAACCUCUUGAGUGUGGCAAAAACGAGUGUUCAACAGGAAGUAACAGUUGUUCUCAUCAAUGCAAUGACCUGAAGAUCGGCUACAACUGCUCCUGCCCGGCUGGAUACAGACUGAAGAGUGACAAUCGAACAUGUGAAGACAUUGAUGAAUGUGAAGUGCCAGACACCUGCAGUCAGAUCUGCAUCAACCUGCCUGGAAGCUACAAGUGUGACUGCAACGACGGCUAUCAAAUUGAUCCAGUGAGCAAAACGUGCAAAGCUGAAUCAGGGACAGUGGCCACGCUGUUCUUCACCACAAAGCACGAGGUCAGGGAGCUCACAGUGGACCGCAGUGAGUAUACCAGGCUGAUCCCAGAGCUGAAAAACGCUAUGGCUCUGGAUCUGGACAUGCCGAACAAGAAGAUCUUCUGGUCGGACCUCUCUCAGAAGAAAAUCUUUAGCUCAAACAUUGACAUGGCCAGCAACUCUGCUAAUCACAACGUUGUGAUUGAAAACGGGAUUGAAGCCCCAGAAGGCCUUGUUGUGGAUUGGAUCCAUGGCAACAUCUACUGGACUGACAGCACCUUGAAGACCAUCUCUGUGGCAACUACAGAAGGCAACAAAAGGAAGACCCUCAUCGAUGAGAGACUUGGGAGGCCCAGAGCCAUCACAAUUGACCCGGAAAAUAACUUUAUGUACUGGACUGACUGGGGAGAUGAGCCUAGGAUUGAGAAGUGUGGACUCAACGGAGUCGGUCGUGUCGCCUUGGUGACUGAUAACAUUGAAUGGCCCAAUGGCAUCACCCUUGAUAUGGUAAACCAGCGUCUGUACUGGGUGGAUGCCAAGCUUCAUACUAUCUUCAGUGUUGAUGUUAACGGAGGGGCCAGACACACGGUCAUAUCUGGUGAAGAAAAUGUCCAUCAUCCCUUCUCACUGACUGUCUUUGAGGAGAAAGUUUUUUGGACAGAGUCCUUCCGUGGCACAGUUUCCAGUGCUAACCGCCUGACAGGAAAGUACAUCAAUGAAUUGGUGACUGACCUGCAAAAUCCAGAGGGCCUUGUUCUUUACCACAGCCUGAAGCAGCCAAUCAGCAUUAACUGGUGCAGAGAAGGCAACAGCAUAAAUGGAGGCUGUGAGCACCUGUGCCUUCCUGCUCCUCUGCUUGACGAGAGCUCUCCUAAAUACACCUGCGCCUGUCCAGACAACAUGGUCCUGGCCGCUGACAUGAAGAAAUGUGUGGCAGCUGCACCUCCUGCCAGGACUGACCCACCUGUCAUGUCCAAGACGACCACCACUAAACCAGCUACACGUGGCACCACACCUACCUCAUCUGUCCGGACCACAGAGAAACCUGCUGGCACUGCUCAAGGCUUCCAAAAAGCCGUGAUGCCUGAGGAAGCUCCUGCAUCUCAUCCUGUUGCUCUCUACGUUUUUCUACCACUCGCGAUCAUAGCGGCACUGGUGUGUGGAGCGGUGUUGUUUUGGAGAAACUGGCACAGGAAGAACACCAACACCAUCCACUUCGCCAAUCCCGUGUACCAGAAAACCACCGAGGACGAGGUGCACAUCUGCAGGAACGGCUCCGACGGCUUCGUCUAUCCCGAGAGGCAAAUUGUGAGCAUGGAUGACAUGGAAAUUGCAUGAUCUGAAGAACUUUAGCUGAAGAUUUAAUUUUUUUUUUUUUUUUUCCCUCUGGGGAAACAAGACCUGCUUCUUCACAAGCCCUCCCCUUUUUCCAGUGACCUCCUUUUGUCGUUUGUUCUCGACCUCAGCACUGUGCCGUACAAGCCUGCAAAAGAGCUUCUCGUAACUCUAGUAUGGCAAACGAAAGGAAGCAUGGGUACAAGCAGGCACGCAGAGCAACACGCAGUAUCAGAAGACGAUGCUAAUCUGGGAGCUUUGACUCUUUUGAUGCUGCUUGAACAUACUUGGUAACACAAAAUCACGUCAAAAUUUUAAAAAAUCACAUCAUCUUGCCCCUUCACCGUUUCAUACUUGCUCUUUCUUGAAUUGGUUUGGUCAGUUUGAUUUGUGGCAUUUAAUUGAAGUCAACUAGUGCAAUAAUUGUAAAAAAUACCAAGAAACACUGAUGCCUAGGUGAAUAUGUAAGAAAUAGUGGGUUUAUGGGUACAAAACAGGACAAAAUGUGAAUGUGUGGGUUUGAAAUUGGCUGCAAGAACUGGGGAAAGGGGCAAAUUGACCCAAAGCCCACUGAAACCUACAUUUUGCAUUUAUUGUAUUUAUUUCAUAACAAAUGUUUUCGCUGCAAUGCAUGUCCGACUCUGAAGUCGUUAACUGUAAAGUCUUACCGGUUAAUGUGUGCCUUGUAAUGACACUAAAGUAGUUUGGAGAAACGUAUCUGAAGCCUUGCUGAUCUCUCUGCCUUCCACACCGUGGCCUUUUCUCACUCGGGAACCAGGGUUGUGCAUUUUAUUUGGCUCCCAUGUCAAACAGCCUUUUGUUGUGAUCUGUAAUGCUCAUCGGCAACACUUUUGCGUUGCUGCUGACUUUGUUUUGUCCAAUCACCAAAUACGCUGCGGCCAUUUGGAGCCACAGGUGGUUUACAUUUUGAAAUGAAGAAGCUGCUGAGUCAUUUUGACAUCGUCCAAAGUGAAGAAAAUGUUCGUUUUUGUUGUUGUUAAUAAGUAAUUGUAGCCGACUACCUUUUGCAACAUUGUAAAUAGUUGUAAAUAUUUUUUUUGUAAAAUGUCUACUUGCUCACAUUUGUAAAUAGAAUGAAGAAGUACGUGAUUGGUUGUUUUAUUUAUUUAUGGUUUGUUUGACAUUGUUCCCAGCCGGCUGUAAUGAAUAUCUCUAAAUGGUGAAGUCUGACCUGAACACUGUGCAGCUAUUAUUCAACUGAUGUCAGUGAAAGCUUUGAAUGGUUGAUUUUGCAUACAAGGCGGCGCACCAGGGUUAGUGCUUUACUUUGCUCCAGAGAGCAACUAUUUAUGGUGUCGUAGCAAGAAUGAAGAGACCUUCUGUUCCUCUUUCCCCCUGCAUGUUGUCUCUCUCUCGUGACUCAGAUUAUUUAUUGUGCUUCCUGUGUUCUGUUACUCUGAUGGCCUGAUCGUAUCGUGGGAUUAAUGCUGCAUUCGAGUCCCCCUGGGAAGUGUCAUUACUCUGAUCUGGGAAUGGCUACACCAGACUUGCGUUGAAGUCGACAACCAAAGAUGCAUAUACUGAUUUAAUUCAUUUUAACUAACCUCAUUCUGUGCACUGAGACACUACAGAAGAUCCUUACAAAAAGGUUAUUCCUGAAGCUUUUAGUAUAUUUUACAUGCACAGCACUCAUGUGAAAUCUCAAUUUCGGAGCUGGUUGCAGACUUCCGACCUCCUAAGUCUGGACCCAGGGAGCCUCAAAUGCAGCAUACAAUAUUUUUCAAAAGACUUGAUGUUUUCUUUCUGUGCAGAAUAUACAUGUUGAAGUUUGUUUUGUUCUCAUCACCUUGUUCAUUUUUGUUUGAGGAG